ACCUUUAUAUUGGACUUUGAUCAUGAUAAGGCAAAAUGGACACGCGUAUUCUGUUGUGAUUUUUCUUUCUCCAAAAAAUACUAAAAACAGUGUUUUAUUCUCGUGUUAAUUGAUCUUAAGGUAGACCAGGAUGGAUGAAGAAGACGUUGGAGCUACAAGUUCAGAGAUCGAGCCGUUUGAACUGAACUUAUCGCACCGUUUUCUGGAAGAACUUCCCGAAGAAGGAUUCCUUCUUAACAACCUGAAUCCUUUGAAAAUCACUUGUUUGUCUUUACUCGGAAAUCAAAUUUCUGUGCUUCCUGAUUCUAUAUCUCUGUUCAAGAAUCUCGUAGAGUUAGAUGUGUCUUCAAAUGGGCUUGUGGCGAUCUCUCCGCGAAUUUCUGAACUAAAAAAUCUAAGCAAUAUUGUAGCAAAGAACAACAACAUCGAAGAGUUACCCAAGGAUUUUGGUCUUCUGUGUCGUUUGGAAAAUUUAAACUUAAGUGGGAAUAAAUUUCACUCUUUUGUUCCUCAAAUAUUUGAGUUAGCAAAUCUCAGAGCCUUAUAUCUAGGAGGGAAUAUGAUAAAUCGUAUACCACCACAAAUACAGAGCCUUAAAAAGCUUGAGAUUCUCUACCUUGGUGGCAACAGACUGAAAGGUAUUCCUGCCGAGAUGGGAUAUCUACAAAAGUUGAGGGCACUCAAUCUAUGCAAUAACAUGAUUGAAUCCUUACCCUUCACCUUAAAAUGGUUAUCAUCCUUGCAUUCGCUUAGUCUACACAACAACAAACUAACCACUCUUCCAAUCCAAAUCGUACGACUGAAAAACCUGGAGUCGUUGAGUCUUCGAGAUAAUCCACUUGUUGUCCGCUUCGUCAAAGAUAUGGUUUUUGAUCCACCAAGUCUUCUGGAGCUAACAGCACGUUAUAUCAAAAACCAUAACAUGAAAUACACAGUCAAUGACUUACCGCCUACAUUGGUGAGGUACCUGGAUAGCGCUAGAAGUUGUGUUAACCCACGGUGUAAAGGAGUGUAUUUUGAUUCCAGUGUACGAUGUGUCAAGUUUGUGGACUUUUGUGGAAAAUAUCGGGUUCCUUUAGAACAGUUUUUAUGUUCACCUCAUGAGAAUUAUCGCUGGGAAGAAUACUCCUUCUCCAGUGGUAGUGGUGUUAGCAGUGAUGAAGAAGAUGAACUUGUUCCAAGAGACAAGAUGCGAAAAGUCUUGCUUGGAUAAUAGAUCAUUCAUGACUAGAUAGAUUGGGGCAGUAAGUGGAGACUUAUGCUCUGUACAUAGAGAACUUAAAAACUUAAAUUUUCUUUGCUAGGACAUAGAAGGGGGAUUGAAAUUUCCAAGGGAUGGACAGAUAGGAAAAAAAAUUCCUAAAACAAAUUAUUUAAUGAUUUAGAAGAAAAACUGAAUUUCUUGUGUAUAUAUUUUUUUGAACUUUCAGGAUUAGUUAUUAGGGAUUUUUCAUUAAUGUAUUUUAGAAUUAUGCAUAACAAUAUGCAUGAUUAACCUAAAAGAAUAUAUAUAUAUAUUUUAGUAAGCUGUUAGUGUGGUUGGAUAUUCUUCUUACAUCGAUAGGUUGAAAACAAUGAACUGUGUAAUUCACAAUAGUUGUUAUAAAGUAUAGGAAAAAAUAUAAAUUAUGUAAUUAGACAGUAAGUAAUUGAAUUUGUAGGAAAGAAAUAUAUAAACUCAUAAUCAGUA